CCUUAAUUUACGCCUCGUGUUUGUGUUUUCCAUCACAACUUCCUCCCUCCUUCCUACUAAAAUCAGAAAGUUGAAAGCUUCAUUGACUUGGAGUCAACCCACUUGUCAGGAAACUUAAAAGUCUUCCCGGUCCCUUUCUUUCUGGACUUCAAUUCCAGCUCUUCCUGCUCUAGCUUGCUCUUUAUGAUGACAAGCAAUAAUGCAAACUCCAUUCUCUCUCAGAGUCUCAUGCUCUCCCCCAAAAUGGUUCUCACUUGCAACUCUGCCAUCACCACAUUCACACUACAACCAACCAAGCUUCACUUCCUCCUUCUUCUUCUCUUCUUUCUGUUAACCCCUCCUGCAACCCCAUUAAACUUCAGUUUCUCCAGCUUCAACGGCAAUGACAACACCAAUAUAUCCACAGAAGGCGACGCUUAUUUAGACAACGAAUUCCUCCGCCUCACCAAAAGCGCUUCCGACAGUAUUCACACUCAAAGCGUUGGCCGAGCCACCUACCGCCAACCCUUCCUCCUCCGUGAAAACACCACCGGAAAAUUGGCCGACUUCACCGCCAAUUUCAACUUCUCCAUCAACUCUGACAACAGGCCCAACUAUCACUAUGGCGACGGUCUCGCGUUCUUCCUUGCGCCACAUGGGUCCUUCCUCAACGCCACAAUAGGACGUGGUGGCAGUCUUGGCCUCCCCAUCAACUCCACACCUUCAAACGUCACCGUUCCAAGGAGUCAGUACCCGUUUGUGGCAGUGGAGUUUGAUAUCUAUAAGAAUGUACGGCCAGUCUUCGACCCCGAGUACGAUCAUGUGGGUAUUGACGUCAACUCUAUCAACUCUAGCAUUACCGAGCCUUGGAAUGGAGGUAUUUUGGAAGGAGAAACAAAUAGUGCUACCGUUACUUAUAACUCAACCUCAAAAAAUCUAAGUGUUGCCUUCACUACUUUUGUAGAAAGCGAUGUGAAUAAUACCCAAUUAGUCCAAGUUGUCAAACACCUUCAUUACGUUGUUGAUCUGAAGGAGUACUUGCCAGAUUGGGUAGUUGCUGGGUUGUCUGCUUCGACGUUUAGCAACUUUGCUCUGCAUACGAUCAUUUCAUGGAAUUUUGUUUCAACUUCACUAGUUGAUCAGAAUGGGGUCGACAUUCCAACGGGCAACACACCGCCAGCGGUUACAGUUCCUACGCCAAGCCCCACGGUCAGUACUUCAAACCCCAAGUCAGUAAAUGAUCACAGAAUAGGGUUAGCAAUUGGGUUGGGUAUUGGUGGAUGUGCUAUCUUGGUUGGUGGGUUGGGUUUGGUUUUCUUCAUUUUCUGGAAGAAGAGGGACACAGGGGAAAAUAGUGAUGAAGAUCCUAUGGUUCAUGAAUUUAUCGAUGAGGAAUUCCAAAGGGGGGCUGGCCCUAGGAAGUUUUCAUAUAUCGAAUUGGCUCGGGCAACCAGCAAUUUUGCGGAGGAAAAUAAGCUUGGACAAGGAGGGUUUGGUUGGGUUUAUAAGGGCUUUAUAUCAGAUUUGGAGUCAUAUGUUGCUGUCAAGAGGAUAUCGAACGGGUCUAAACAAGGACCAAAGGAGUAUGCAUCGGAAGUAACGAUCAUCAGUCAACUUAGGCAUCGUAAUCUUGUCCAACUGAUUGGCUGGUGCCAUGAAAGAAAAUUCCUACUUGUGUACGAGUUGAUGCCCAAUGGGAGCUUAGAUUCUCAUUUGUUCAAAGAACAAAGCUUGUUAACUUGGGAGGCAAGAUACAAAGUUGCUCAAGGCUUGGCCUCCGGUUUGUUCUAUCUACACCAUGAGUGGGAGCAAUGCGUGCUUCAUAGGGAUAUUAAAUCAAGUAAUGUUAUGUUGGAUUCAAAUUUUAAUGCAAAACUUGGGGAUUUUGGGUUAGCGAGGCUUGUGGACCAUGGAGAAGAGCCCCAAACUACAGCACUCGCAGGAACCCUGGGAUACAUGGCCCCUGAAUAUGUUAUCACUGGAAAGGCGAGCAAGGAGUCAGAUGUCUAUAGCUUUGGAAUUGUUGCUUUGGAGAUUUCUUGUGGGAGAAAGCCCAUUGAUCGAAACUUUACAAGUAGUCAAAUCAAUAUGGUGGAGUGGGUUUGGGAGCUUUAUGGAGAAGGGAAACUCAUUGAAGCAGUUGACUCAAAACUUUGUGGAGAUUUUGAUGAGAAACAAUUGGAGUGCUUGAUGAUUGUUGGGUUGUGGUGUGCUCAUCCUGAUUACAAUAAGAGGCCUUCAAUACAACAAGCAAUUCAAGUGCUUAACUUCGAGGUCCCGUUGCCCAUUCUCCCAUCAAAGAUGCCGGUGGCCACCUAUUUUGCUCCUCAGAAAACGCUUGAAAUGUUGUUUAAUGAUACUUCUGGCUCUCAAGGAGGUCAAAUUGAAUCUUCAAGCGAUGGUUAAACACUAUUUUCUCACGGUUCUCCUCAUCUUCUACAAGA